GUCCGCGAGCGGGGGAGGGGCCGCGUGCUGCCGGGGCUGGCCGGGGUCGGCGGGCUGCGGGGCCGGAGGGCGCGCGGAGCCUCGCCGGCCCGCGAUGAGCUCGCCGCCACCGGCCCGCAAGGGCUUUUACCGCCAGGAGGUGACCAAGACCGCCUGGGAGGUGCGCGCUGUGUACCAGGACCUGCAGCCCGUGGGCUCGGGCGCCUACGGCGCCGUGUGCUCGGCAGUGGACAGCCGCACGGGCGCCAAGGUGGCCAUCAAGAAGCUGUACCGUCCCUUCCAGUCGGAGCUGUUCGCCAAGCGUGCCUACCGCGAGCUGCGCCUGCUCCAGCACAUGCGCCACGAGAACGUGAUCGGCCUGCUGGACGUGUUCACCCCAGACGAGACCCUGGACGACUUCACAGACUUUUACCUGGUGAUGCCGUUCAUGGGCACCGACCUGGGCAAGCUCAUGAAGCACGAGAAGCUGAGUGAGGACCGCAUCCAGUUCCUGGUGUACCAGAUGCUGAAGGGGCUGAAGUACAUCCACGCUGCUGGCGUCAUCCACAGGGACCUGAAGCCCGGCAACCUGGCAGUGAAUGAGGACUGUGAGCUGAAGAUCCUGGACUUUGGCCUGGCCAGGCAGGCUGACAGUGAGAUGACUGGCUAUGUGGUGACCCGGUGGUACCGGGCCCCCGAGGUCAUCCUGAACUGGAUGCACUACACACAGACAGUGGACAUCUGGUCGGUGGGCUGCAUCAUGGCGGAGAUGAUUACGGGGAAGACGCUGUUCAAGGGCAGUGACCACCUGGACCAGCUGAAGGAGAUCAUGAAGGUGACAGGGACGCCUCCGGCCGACUUCGUGCAAAAGCUGCGGAGCGCUGAUGCCAAGCAGUACAUGCAGGGCCUCCCCGAGUGUGAGAGGAAGGACUUUGCCUCCGUGGUGACCAACGCAAGCCCUCUGGCCGUGAACCUCCUGGAGAAGAUGCUGGUGCUGGACGGGGACCAGCGGGUGACAGCGGCCGAGGCGCUGGCCCACCCCUACUUCGAGUCCCUGCACGACACGGAGGACGAGCCCACAGCCCAGAAGUACGACGACUCCUUUGAUGACGUGGACCGCACCCUGGACGAGUGGAAGCGUGAGUUGUGCUCCGUGGGGCCUGUGUGGGGCCCGGCAGGUGGCCCGGCACACGGCCCCGGGAACCGCGAGGCGUGGCUCUGAGCUCAGGGCAGCGGCGCCCACUGAGCCGCUCCUGCCCCCUGUUGCCCAGGCCAGAGACCUGGCCAUCCUGGAGGUCCCUCCACACACACUGUCCAAGGGUCUCCUGCUCACAGCGGUCCAAAUUGUUCCCGCCUCUCCUGCCCCACGUCAGGACCCAGCCCAUCUGGAGGCCGUGUCCCGCCGCCACGAUAAAGUCCGCCCCAGGCAGCCCCUUGGGCCUCACCCCUGACACCACCCUCGCCUGUACCCUUCAGCUGUCCUCUGCACUGUGGGCCCCUCCCCUCUGGGACUGGCCACGCCGGCCGGUGCACGCCUGGCCUCCCUGCAAGGCAGCGCUGAGGCAGUGCUCCAGCAGGGAUGGCCUGGUGUCUGCAGAACCAGUUGGCAGCACCGGGCGCGGUAGGGGGGUGUGCCGCCCAGUCCUGGGCAGAUCCGGGUCCUGGGUCUCGCGCGCCCGGGGGGAAGGGGCUGUGGGGCUCGGGGUGCCCUGGCACCCUUCUGUUGUGUGCUCAGGAGUUCAGUUUUGUACGAUUCAAGUUCCUGCUGCUGGAAAGACAACUUGAAAACCACAGGCCGCAGCCCCUCCCUGUGGUUCCCCCCACAGGCUGUGGCUGGGAGCUUUUGCUUUCACAAUGGAUCGUGGUAGAUACAGGUCCCGUCUGUGGCCGAAGCCGUGGUCAGGAACGCCUGUGCCCUGAGAAAGUCCACUUUGCAGCAGUGGCCUUGCCUCAUGGGCUGGGCCCAGCCAGGGCGGGGGGAGGGGCUUCUGCAGCAGCACCCUGUGUGUGUGGGCCCAAGCUCACUGCCUCCUGUUGUCUCUCGCCCUCCCCAGGUGUCACUUACAAAGAGGUGCUCAGCUUCAAGCCUCCCAGGCAGCUGGGGGCCAGGGUCUCCAAGGAGACGGCCCUGUGAAGACCUCUGGGGGGUGGCGGGGACACCCUGGGUACCACCUUGACCUUCAGAGCAUUGACUUGGAGGCUGAGCAGCCCCCCUCGAUCCACGGAUCCCUCUCCCUGCGGCCUGUUCCUCCGCACCUGGGUGCACACCUUAGCCAGCCUUGGAGGAGCACCUGAACUCUAAAGCCAGACAGGACCCCUGCCCGUCCUGGGGCUGGCCUCUGACCCCCGGAGCUGUGUGCCUGCCCCCCAGCCCCCGCAGGGUGGAGCAGGAAGCUGCGGAGCUGGCCGGAGUCAGGGCCCAGUCCUGGGCUCUGAUCUGAGGCCCAGCUCCUGAGGAGCAGGAAUGGAGGGGGGGUGCGGAGUUGCCAACUCAGGGACAUCAUCUCUCCCGGGUGUGGGGGAGCAUCCGUGGCCUCUCCUGACCCCUCCCCCCAGCCUGGAAUGUAAAUCAGCCACUUGGUGCACCCAGGUGGCCGGAAAGAAAUAAACAUUUUUAGGUCUCCA